AUGUCGAUUAAGCUGAGCAUUUGCAUAGUGCUCUUAGCAGUUCUAUGCUGCUACACGCAAGGCGCAUUCGCCAGACAGCAGCUAAGGGAUAGGCAAGAACAAGCACAAGGCGCUUUAGAAAGUACCAGCAUUAAAAAUACCGAAAACCAACUUACGGAAACGAACAAUGAAGCUGCAAACCAUAUUGGGGAACAGUCGAAGAUUGAAACAGUGCUGAGGAAGGGAACUCAAGACAAGGAUGACGAUGAUGCUGAAGAUAAAGAUGAUGUUGAUGGCACCCGUCGUCGCCGCGGUAGACGUGGUAGGCGCCGCAAUAGAAGACGUCGUGGACGUGGCAGGAGAAGGGGACGUCGCGGUGGUAGAAGACGUCGUGGACGCAGAGGUGGCAGAAGAAGAAGAAAUCGCAGACGAGGCUAA